GCAUGCUUGUAGCCCGCACAUUUCUGAUUGAAAUUUCUUCCAGUAUUGAGAUUAAUUUUCGCAUUUGUUCUAAAACUCACAUUGCUUCAAGCAAAAAUUGUUGAAAACAAAUCGGUUCAAUAAUUUUCCGCAAGACUAUAGAUAUAAAGUGGAUGAUUAUUUUACUCGAAUUUUUAGGUCUACUAAUUGUCGAUUCUGAUGGAAUUCCAAUUCGAACAAGUCUGGAUAAUGAGUGAGUAUGAAUAAAUAUCACUUUUAGAUUAGUAGUGAUUGACAAAUUAAAUAACAUCUUUGAUGAGCUGUAGCGUAUACGAGCGCAACAUUUACACACAUUUUAGGAUUUUAUUUAUAGAACAACGCUGCAUUAUGCUUCGCUAAUUAGUCAAUUAAUAGUGCAAGCAAAACGUUUGGUACGUGAACUAGAUCCAAAUCAAGAAUUAGAACAAUUAAGAUUACGUUCACUGAAACAUGAAAUUAUUGUUGCCCCAGAAAGCAAAUAUAUUAUGAUUGUUAUACAAACGCCAGAAGCAUUAUAA